UAUCGGGCCGGCUGCUCAGCUCUUCUCUCCUGCAGGACCUUAGCUGUUCCUCGCUCCAGUGCUGUAGUCUUCCCGCACAGGCUUCUCGCUGCACUUUGUGAAUGGUCCGGUGUCUUCUGGGACACAUGACAGGUGUACUGUACUCCUGUAUUGUGUCCGCAGUCUCUGGUCAUCUUCUGUACUGUGUUCGCAGUCUCUGGUCAUCUCUUGUACUGUGUCCGCAGUCUCUGGUCAUCUCCUGUACUGUGUCC